GGGUACUAACUUCAGAUGCAAACACAUCGCUCCGGCUGUCACAGAGAAGAAGAGGUAAGCAGGUGUCAGAGAAUCUGGGACAUGAAGCUGCUGACUGUGUCUGCACUGCUGUGUGCAGUGAUGGCUCUGACCGGAGCUGCUGUUAUUCCAGAAGAAGAGACUGGUCCGGAUCAAGAAGAGGAGACUUUUCUGGACAAGAGGUCCACAUCUUGCGCCGCUCCUUGGUCUAAGUUCAACGGACGCUGUUUCCGUUAUUUCCCGAAACGCUUGACUUGGUCCAGAGCUGAGAGAAACUGUCACUCCAUCGGUGGGAACCUCGCAUCGGUUCACAACAUCGAAGAGUACCACGAGAUUCAGAGGCUGGUCUUGACCGCCACUUACGAGCACAAGCCAGUAUGGAUCGGAGGCUCUGACGCCCAUCAGGAGGGGGAGUGGCUGUGGAGUGAUGGCUCACAAGUCAGCUACACGAACUGGUGUCCAGGAGAACCGAACAACCAUGGUCACCAGCACUGUCUUCAGAUGAACUGGGGUGAUGAAAAGUGCUGGGAUGACCUCUCCUGUGCUAAACGUCUCCCAUUCGUCUGUGCCAAACGAACCUGAUCCUCCUUUGAUGGACUCUGAGAGAUGAUGAACGUCAAAAAGAAAAAUCAGUCUCAAAGCUCUCUAUCCUAUCUCUUAUCUUUUCUCUAUCGCUGUAACGCUACUCCAGGAAGGAAGCGAUAAGUAAGAACAACAGGAGCUGGGUUGUCUCUUUGGCUUUGGGCCUUCAAUAAGAGCAGAUUGGAUGUUUUAUGGAUGGAUUGCUUUUUGCACACCUUCAUUCUUGAAAGAGAAGUGUUCUUCAUUUUUCUUAUGCAAAAUUAAAAGCCUCAAGCAUUGAAA